GGAGAAUCAUAAACUGGAAUAACAGAAACCCAGGCUCCAAAGACUGAACGGUGCACGGAUUGAAGGGGUCACAUUUUAUGGCUACUGUAUCGUGCAAGGUGGAAGGAAGUUUAAACGAGCAUACAUUCAGAACUAAGAAAGAACUCUUUUGACCAAGGCUUUGCACAGGUUGAAAGUCCUGGAUAUCAGGAAGGAGAGUUGGAAAUGGGACCACUGUGUGAACUUGUUUUCUUCAAUCUGCUACUCAAUAUCUUUGCCAGCUUGAGGGAUUGCCGGGAGAAUGAGUUUUUGGAUGUCGAUGGAAACUGCAAAUUGUGUAAAGAGUGUGGACCCGGGCUAGAACUGACAAAGGACUGCGGUUUUGGAGUUGGGGCUGAUGCUCAGUGUGUGACCUGCAGACCCAACAGGUACAAGGACAGUUGGGGACGGCAGAAGUGCAAACGGUGUCUCUCUUGCCCCCUUGUGAAUCGGUUUCAGGAAAUGAAUUGCACUGUUUCGAGUAAUGCAGUGUGCGGGAAAUGCUUGCCAGGAUUCUACAGGAAGACCCGGCUUGGAGGAUUACUGGACACAGAGUGUAUUCCCUGCAGUGACCCAGUCACUCCCAAUCAAUCCCAGUGUAACUCCAGAACAAACGUGGUGAGGGUUCUGAGCUCUGACAAUCCUCCAUAUGACACUGCCCUUGUCGCUGUGAUCUGCAGUGCCCUGACAACAAUUCUACUGGCUGUCCUACUUCUCUGUUUCAUCUACUGCAGACGACUGAUUGCAAAAAAGCAGAACAAUGGACUCCAGAGACCCCCAGUGAAUGAGAGACCCAGAGUGGAGUCUUUGUCUUCUGAGGAACAGAUGGGUAACACAAGCACUGAAGGUUUGAUGAAAGAUUGUCAGAGUAUCAGUGCUGUGAAUAAUUCAGCACAACCUGCAGGGCCAACAGACAUGGUUCAGCCUGAAGACCCACCAUUUACCUUGAGAUCGUGUUUUGUGACCUAUCUGUGUCCAUCAGGAUCCGAUGACCAGGACAGAAGCACAGUUACCUGUCCUGCAUUCUCUAGCUCCCUUCCACACUGCUCCCCUGAAAGUCAACCACUGGUCCAAAUGACUGGCUGCAAUGAUUGUCCAACCCCGAGGACUUCAAAUGGUGGAAUAGGUGGUGAGUUCCUCCUGGAAUGUGAUGAAAGUGCUACUAUUCUGCCAGCGGGAGGAACCCACAAUACCGCCACGGUGCACUGUGCUUCAAGGUGCCAAAGCAGACUGCAGCACGUUCCUGUUGAAUGCACAGAACUAGACCUACAAGCAUACCUGGUGGAUGAGCAAGAUGAAUGCACUGUGGUGGCCCAGGAGACUGCAGCACACUACCAGCGCUCGAGACCACAAGAAAGGCCGGCUACAGCUUCCGGUAGCAUCGGACCUGAUCCUUGUGUAAAGGAGUCAUGGAUGUGGAAACGCAGUGAGAGUAGAUCAGAGGAAUGCCACAGCAUUAGAUGUGGUAACUUUCAGCUUUACAGUCUAUCCACUGGGAAUAACCAGAUUCCUGAUUGGGAAAAUGUUGGUCAAAAAAGCCUGUGAACCAACUCAAGGUGUACGCAUUUAGCUUCCCGCAGACCUUGUGGGAAGGUUAAGUGCUCAAGUUGGAUUUCUCACCACUGAACGUGAAGAGGAAGAGGCAUUUAGAACAUAACAGUCCCACAGGGAGAUGGGGAAUGACAGGAGGGGAGCUGAACUUCUUCAGCUACCUUAGCUGUUAUCCCCAACAUUGGUGCUGGAUCCUUUGAAGACCCUUCAGCCGGUGCAGUGAUUUGAUGUUUUGGAUCAUCUUGGAAAUCCCAUCAGUGGAACAGGGAACAAAAUUUAUGGUGUGAUGGACAUUGAUUGGAACAAUUAAUCUGUAGCAAUUAGGGCUCAGUUUAAAUUCUUCUCUAGCAAGGUGAGGUAAUGAAGAUUAAUGGAUUUGAGGACCAAUUGAUGCUCAGCAAUCUAGCUGAUACAAAAUCCUGUUGCAAUCUUAAGGGGCAUGAUGACCAUUUAGACAAUCUAACUUUGUUACUGAGGAAUACAUUUUGUCUGUUCUAUUCCUGUGAUACCUUUCAGUAAUGAGAUUACUUUCUGGAAGGUGUGACACCUCAGUUCUCUACAUAUUGCUGAUAUUCAUUGCCAAUAGCUCGGUAAUACUACAUAAUAACUACCUGUUACAGCAGCACCUAAGCAGGGGCUCAAGAAGCAAUCAAAAUGCCAUAAGAACACUUAUUAUUCCCACUAGCCUUAAGGUGAAAAUGUAAGAUGAAAUAUCUUCUGGGGGAAAUAGUGAAGAACAUUAACCAUUAAAGAAGAUAUCUGAAAUAUCUUGCAGGGCAUUCAAGAAAUAAAUGAACAUAAUACUGUGAUUUAACCCUGUGGAAUUUUGUAUUCUGUCAUCUUCUACCAGGAGUUUCUUGAACUGCUUGUUUAUCUGUCUGUGUGACUAAUAUCCUAUUUCUGCAAGUUAUUUUGAUAACAUUACACUAACAUUUAAGAUUUAAAAUAUCUCAUUUGGUUAUUAAUUCAACUUUUUAUAUAAAACUGUGGUUGGUAAUGUUGGUGUAAGAUGUUUUAUGUUCUUUAAUUUUCUUGUAAGUGAAGAAAGAGUAGGCUCAGAGCACAGCCACGAGGAAGACCUUAUCAGUUAUCAAAGCAUCCAGCACAUAGUAUCAAGGCUCUGAAAGGUGUGCGGAGAGCUUGGGCCAAGUGGAACACACCUUCCACUCUCAGACCCCCCUGUGGCUGUCCUUCCACACUCCCU